GAUUGCUGUAAAAAUGGACAGUGGCCGGCACAUUCAGGAAUAUGGUCCGAGCCUACCAACGCUGGGGUUUAUAUUCAGUACGUUGCCGCCACUGUUCCAGGAAAUGCUGAUGCCGUACAUUCCAGAGCACCAAAGGCGGUCGAUACUUUCCGAAGUGGAGCUUAGGCAAGCCCCAGCCUCGGAAUCCGCCGAGGCCAGUACAUCACGGAGCAAUGUGUUUCCGCAGGCUGGGGCUGCGGAGGAAGGGGAAGAGGGAGAAGGCGCCUCGCCGGAAGAAGAGGCCCCAGCUUCGCCAGGCGAUUCCAGUAUCGCCACAGUUGACAUCCUGCUCGCAGGAUCUCGGCGAGCUGGGGUCGCGGAGGGAAGGGAAGAGGAAGAGGAGGAAGAAGAGGCCUCGGAUGGCGACUCGAGUAUCGCCACUAUCGACUACUUCCGGUGGAUCCCGGAACAUCGAGAAGAUCCGGAUGCCGCCUUGACCCCGGAAGGAAGCGAGGAAGGGUCGAAUGUCCUAUUCGACGAGUGGUUGGAAGAGGAAGAGGAAGAAGAGGCCCCAGCUUCGCCAGGCGAUUCCAGUAUCGCCACAAUGGAUAUCAUGCUCGCAGGAUCUCGGCGAGCUGGGGUCGCGGAGGGAAGGGAAGAGGAAGAGGAGGAAGAAGAGGCCUCGGAUGGCGACUCGAGUAUCGCCACUAUCGACUACUUCCGGUGGAUUCCGGAACGUAGAGAAGAUCCGGAUGCCGCCCUGACCCCGGAAGGAAGCGAGGAAGGGCGGAGUGCCCUGGUCAAGGAGUGGUUGGAAGGAGCUGCCGUGCUGGGGGCAGCGGCGAAUGUGGCCAGGGCUGAAGAGGCCGCGGCAGAAGUUGAUGGCGGCGAGGCGCCAGCGGAAGAAGUUGAUGGCGGCGAGGCGCAAGCGACGAAUGCGGCUGGGACUGAAGACGCCGCGGUAGAAAUUGGCGGCGAGGCGCAAGCGGCGGAAGAACAACAGCCAGAACCGGACCAAAUGGCAGCCCGAUUACUGGAACUGCGCUCGCGGGCGAUUGAGAUCCAGGUGCCCGCCGUCGAGGAAGUGGAGCGCAGUCGGGAGGUCCCGGCCUUCCGCCUCCCGAACUUGGAGAUGCUGCCGCCGCGCUUCCGGGAAACGCUGCGCGUACCAGGGUCCGACCCCUACAGGGCUGUGGUCGAUUGCCACGGGCAGCGCCACAUCGGUACGUUUACUGAAAACUUUUGA